GCUUGAUCAGUAAACUUGCGGACCUCGCAACUUGCUCCCAUUUUGUACAGCUCUAACAGGCCACAUACGCACCGCCGCAAACAUGUACGGUUCUGGCCCCCAAACUGGUAUCUCGACACCGCGCUCCCAGGCGUCGCUCCGUCCCCUCAUUCUCUCCCACGGCUCGCUCGAAUACACCCUCCUUAUCCCCACCGCCCUACAUUUUAAUGCCCAGCAGCUGAAGGAUGCCUUCAAUGCUACCCUGCCCGAACCCACAGACGAACUGGCGCAAGAUGAUGAGCCGUCCUCAGUACCCGAGUUGGUUGCCCGGUAUCUGGGCUUCAUUGCCCAGGAGGUAGAAGAGGGAGACGACCCAGGCUCCUUCGAAGAGGUCCUCAAGCUCGUCGUAAACGAGUUUGAGCGUGCCUUCCUCCGCGGGAAUGAGGUGCAUGCCCUGGCAGCGAGCCUCCCUGGUAUUCAGCAAAAGAAGCUGAUCACCGUCCGAUCAUACUACACCGCUCGCGCCGCGGUCGAAAGACCGAUCAAGCACCACGAAUCUGCUCUCCUGCGUGAAGCUGCUGAUGAGAAUGCCCUGGUCUACGCUGUCUUAGGCGGCCAAGGCAACAUUGAAGAGUACUUCGAGGAGCUCCGCGAAAUCUACACGACAUACCCCUCAUUUGUUGAAGAUUUCGUUGCUGCCGAAGCACAGCACCUCCUGACCCUGGCCCGUGACCCCCGAGCCGAGAAGCUCUACUCUAAGGGUCUGGACGUGAUGCGAUGGCUCACCAACAAAGACUCCCAGCCGGACACCGACUACCUCGUUUCGGCACCUGUUAGUUUGCCCUUGAUUGGGUUGACUCAGCUGGCACACUAUGUCGUGACCUGCAGAGUCCUCGGCAGCCACCCCGGUCACAUUCGCAGCCGCCUGUCUGGUGUCACUGGUCACUCACAAGGUGUUGUUACCGCCGCUGCCAUUGCCGAGGCAAAGAACUGGGAAAGCUUUGAACAAGCUGCUAAGAAGGCGAUUACGAUUUUGUUUUGGAUUGGAACUCGUAGCCAGCAGGCUUAUCCAAGGACUUCGCUCGCACCAAAUAUUCUUCAAGACUCAGUUGACAAUGGCGAGGGUACCCCUACUCCAAUGCUUUCCAUUCGAGAUCUUUCGAGGAAAGCAGUCCAGGAUCACAUUGACGCGACCAAUGCACAUUUGCCUAAAGAUAGGCACAUUGCCAUCUCGCUUGUCAACAGUGCUCGCAAUUUCGUUGUCACAGGCCCGCCUAUUUCCCUAUAUGGCCUGAACCUGCGCCUGCGAAAAGUCAAAGCCCCGACUGGUUUGGAUCAGACAAGGAUUCCUUUCACGGACCGUAAAGUUCGCUUUGUGAACCGUUUCUUGCCCAUCACUGCUCCCUUCCAUAGCCCAUACCUGACUGAGGCUACCAAACAGCUUAAGGAAGACUUGAAGGAUGUCGUGAUCCCGGCCAGCAGCCUAGGAAUUCCCAUGUACGACACCAACACAGGCAAUGAUAUCCGAGAUGAAGACGCCGACAACAUUGUCCCGGCCCUUGUUCGCAUGAUUACCAACGACCCCGUUAACUGGGAGAAGGCUACUGUCUUCCCCAAAGCCACGCAUAUUCUCGACUUUGGCCCGGGAGGUAUCUCUGGUCUCGGCGUGUUAACCAAUCGCAACAAGGAUGGCACUGGCGUCCGUGUGAUUCUUGCGGGCUCCAUCGACGGCACGAAUGCCGAAGUUGGGUACAAACCAGAGAUCUUCGACAGAGAUGCUGAACAUGCUGUGAAGUACGCGGUGGAUUGGGUUAAGGAGCACGGGCCACGUCUUGUGAAGACAUCGGUUGGUCAGACUUUCGUCGAUACCAAGAUGAGCAGGCUUCUCGGACUGCCGCCCGUCAUGGUGGCUGGUAUGACUCCUUGCACCGUCCCGUGGGACUUUGUGGCUGCAACAAUGAACGCUGGCUACGAGAUUGAGCUUGCUGGCGGUGGUUACUACAACGAAAAAUCCAUGACUGCUGCCAUCAACAAGAUCGAGAAGGCGAUCCCCCCGGGCCGUGGCAUUACAAUUAAUUUGAUCUACGUCAAUCCCCGCGCAAUGGCCUGGCAGAUCCCUCUCAUUGGCAAAUUGAGGGCUGAUGGGGUUCCCAUCGAAGGUCUUACAAUCGGUGCGGGAGUUCCUUCUAUUGAAGUCGCCAACGAGUAUAUUGAGACCUUGGGCAUCAAGCACAUUGCUUUUAAGCCUGGAUCUGUCGAAGCCAUUCAACAGACUAUCAACAUCGCAAAAGCCAAUCCAACGUUCCCUGUUAUCCUUCAGUGGACGGGAGGUCGUGGCGGUGGUCACCACUCUUUUGAAGAUUUUCACCAACCUAUCCUGCAAAUGUACAGCCGUAUCCGCAAGUGCGAUAACUUAGUCCUCGUGGCUGGCUCCGGCUUUGGCGGUGCCGAAGAUACAUACCCCUACCUAACUGGCCAAUGGUCAACCCGAUUUGGCUACCCCCCAAUGCCUUACGACGGCUGCUUGUUUGGUAGCCGUAUGAUGACGGCGAAGGAAGCUCACACCUCAAAGAAUGCCAAGAAGGCCAUCGUAGAUGCUCCGGGUCUCGAUGACGGUGAAUGGGAAAAGACAUAUAAAGGGCCGGCCGGUGGUGUAAUUACCGUUCGCUCCGAGAUGGGCGAGCCAAUUCACAAGCUUGCAACCCGCGGUGUUCUCUUCUGGCAUGAGAUGGAUCAGAAGAUCUUCAGCUUGGACAAGGCCAAGCGCAUUCCGGAACUCAAGAAGAUGCGCGAGCAUAUUAUCACGAAGCUUAACAAUGACUUCCAGAAGGUCUGGUUUGGAAGGAACCGAAACGGCGAGUCCGUGGACCUCGAGGAUAUGACUUAUGCCGAGGUCAUUGAACGUAUGGUCGACUUGAUGUAUGUCAAGCACGAAUCUCGCUGGAUUGAUCCAAGCUUGAGACGUCUUGCUGGCGACUUUAUCCGGCGUGUGGAGGAGCGUUUUAGCAAGUCCGACAGCGAGUCCCUGAUCCAGAACUACGACGAGCUUAACAACCCUUAUCCGAUUGUUGAGAAAGUCCUGAAAGUUUAUCAUGAAGCUGAGAACCAGCUCAUCAAUGCUCAAGACGUCCAGCAUUUCCUCCUACUCUGCCAGCGACGCGGCCAGAAGCCUGUCCCCUUUGUGCCAGUUCUCGAUGACACCUUUGAAUACUUCUUCAAGAAGGAUUCGCUCUGGCAAUCCGAGGACCUUGAGGCCGUUGUUGACCAAGAUGUGGGACGGACCUGUAUAUUGCAAGGCCCUAUGGCUGCAAAAUACUCCACAGUUGUAGACGAGCCCGUCAAGGAUAUUCUGGAUGGUGUCCAUCUGAAUCAUAUCAAGUUUUUGCUCCGUGAUGUCUACGGCGGUGAUGAGUCCAAAGUUCCAGUUAUUGAAUACUUUGGGAGCAAGCUACUUGGCGCCAACACCGCUGUCGAGGUUGAUGGAUUGACCGUUUCUCAAGUCGAAAACAAGGUUGUGUACCGUCUCUCCUCCGCCUCUAAUUCCAACCUGCCGGAUGUCAACUCCUGGCUGCAACUUCUGGCUGGGACCUCCUAUUCCUGGAGACACGCCUUCUUCACUGCCGACAUUUUCGUCCAAGGGCAGCGGUUCCAAACGAACCCAAUGCAGCGAAUCUUCGCGCCGACGUUGGGUAUGAUGGUUGAGAUUACUCACCCGAAUGACCCAGCAAAGACUGUUAUCACCGUCAAAGAACCAUAUCACGGUGGCAAGCAUGUCAAGACGGUGGAAGUCAGCCUAGCAAAGAAUCAUGAAAUCACCGUCAACCUGUACGAAGAGCGGACGGUCCUGAAAAAGACGGCAGCCCUACCGUUAAAGUUUACCUAUCGUCCUGAAGUCGGCUACGCUCCCAUUCAUGAGGUUAUGGAUGCUCGCAAUGACAGGAUCAAAGAGUUCUACUACAAGAUUUGGUUUGGAGAUGAGGCUGUUCCCUUUGAAGCUCCCGUCACUUCUAAAUUUGAUGGUGGACGCGCCACCGUUACGAGUGAGGCAAUUAAUGACUUUGUUCAUGCCGUUGGUAACACCGGUGAGUCUUUCGUCGAUCUUCCUGGCAAGGAGGUGUGGGCACCUAUGGACUUUGCCAUCGUCGUCGGCUGGAAGGCUAUCACCAAGCCCAUCUUUCCGAGGGCCAUUGACGGAGAUCUCCUCAAGCUUGUCCAUUUAUCGAACGGCUUCCGCAUGAUCCCAGGUGCGGAGCCUCUGAAGAAGGGUGAUAUUUUGGAUACCACUGCCCAAAUCAAUGCUGUGAUCAACCAAGAUUCUGGCAAGAUGGUUGAGGUCUGCGGAACCAUCACUCGUGACGGCACACCUGUUAUGGAAGUUACGAGCCAGUUCUUGUACCGUGGCGCGUACACUGAUUUUGAAAACACUUUCCAGAGGAAGACCGAGACCCCAAUGCAGCUUCACUUAGGAACUUCCAAGGAUGUCGCUAUCCUUCGUUCAAAGGAAUGGUUCAACCUUGAGGAGCCUGAGAUCGAGCUCUUAAAUAAGACCUUGACCUUCAAGCUACAAAGCUUCAUGCGGUACAAGAACAAGACCGCCUUCAGCGAGGUCCAGACCAUCGGCGAAGUCUUACUCGAGCUGCCCACCAAGGAGAUAAUCCAGAUUGCUUCGGUCGAGUACCAGUCCGGGACCUCAUAUGGUAACCCAGUCCUCGACUACCUAGAGCGCAACGGAGCCGCGAUUGACCAGCCCGUCAACUUCGAGAAUCCUAUCCCAUUGAACGGCAAGACCCCUUUGACUUUGAAGGCUCCCGCCUCAAAUGAGACUUAUGCUCGUGUUUCGGGUGACUACAACCCAAUCCACGUGUCGCGUGUCUUUUCAAGCUAUGCCAACCUCCCGGGAACAAUUACCCACGGCAUGUACUCUAGUGCCGCCGUCCGAAGCUUGGUCGAGACCUGGGCAGCAGAGAACCACAUUGGCCGGGUUAGGAGCUUCCAUGUCAACUUGGUCGGAAUGGUGCUUCCUGAUGACAUUAUCGAUGUCAAGCUUCAACACGUAGGUAUGGUCUCUGGGCGUAAAAUUAUGAAGAUCGAAGCCAGCAACAAGGAGACCGAAGAGAAGGUUCUCCUUGGUGAAGCUGAGGUUGAGCAGCCAACGACCGCCUACGUCUUCACUGGGCAAGGCUCGCAAGAGCAAGGUAUGGGCAUGGACCUGUAUGAGAGCAGUGCUGUCGCGAAGGAGGUUUGGGAUCGCGCUGAUAAGCACUUUAUGGAUAAUUAUGGCUUUGCCAUCACCAAUAUUGUCAAGAACAACCCCAACGAACUCACUAUUCACUUUGGUGGGCCACGUGGUAAAGCAAUCCGCCAGAAUUACAUGUCCAUGACAUUCGAAACGGUCAGCUCGGAUGGAAGCAUCAAAUCAGAGAAGAUCUUCAAAGAGAUCGACGAGAACACGACGUCAUACACGUACCGAUCCCCAACCGGCCUGCUAUCGGCUACUCAAUUCACUCAACCUGCUCUGACCCUCAUGGAGAAGGCCUCUUUUGAGGACAUGCGCUCAAAAGGUCUGGUCCAACGCGACAGCAGCUUUGCUGGCCACUCGCUUGGAGAGUACUCUGCUCUAGCUGCCCUUGCAGAGGUCAUGCCGAUUGAGAGCUUGGUCUCAGUCGUGUUCUAUCGUGGUUUGACUAUGCAAGUCGCUGUUGAGCGUGACGAGACUGGCCGGUCCAACUACUCCAUGUGCGCCGUCAAUCCUAGCAGGAUCUCGAAGACCUUCAAUGAGCAGGCUCUACAAUAUGUAGUUGAGAACAUCUCCGAACAGACUGGCUGGCUCUUGGAGAUCGUUAAUUAUAACAUCGCCAAUAUGCAGUAUGUCUGCGCCGGCGAUCUCCGCGCUCUUGACUGCCUCACCAACGUCACCAAUUAUCUCAAGGCGCAAAAGAUCGACAUCCAGGAGCUCAUGCAGAGUAUGUCCCUAGAAGACGUCAAGGCACACUUAGUAGAGAUCAUCAAAGAGUGCGCUAAGCAGACUGAGGCCAAGCCACAGCCAUUGGAUCUCCAGCGUGGAUUUGCCACGAUUCCUCUCAAGGGUAUCGACGUGCCAUUCCACAGCACCUUCUUGCGGUCGGGUGUCAAGCCUUUCCGAAGCUUCUUGCUGAAGAAGAUCCACAAGACAUCGAUUGAUCCAUCGAAGCUCAUUGGGAAGUAUAUUCCCAACGUCACUGCCAAGCCUUUCGAGCUUACCAAAGAGUACUUUGAGGAGGUUUACAAGCUGACGAACUCGCCCAAGAUUGGCAACAUCCUGGCGAACUGGGACAAGUAUGAGGAGAAGGAGGAAGCAAAAGUAGCGACCGGGACUGCUCAAGUCGCUUGAUUGAUUUGAGUGAGCAUUGUGAAGUUGUAAUGAAGUGCAGGUGGCGUUUUGGAACCUGGUGUUUGAGGAGAGCGAUAUCCGAGUUACUGUAUCACUUCGUUCCGCGGGGCUCCUAGACUUGUUGUUCAAGUAGCAUAGAUUAUAAUAAUAGUUCUUCUU